GCCAUUCUUCUCUUCUGUGUGAACAUGGAAAAUGCCAUAGUUCUAUACCCUUUUCCAGGCAGAGGCCAUCUAAUCUCCAUGGUCGAGCUUGGCAAGCUCAUACUCAAACAUAACCCUUCUUUCAACAUCACAAUCCUUAUCUUUAACAAACCAAACACAAGUACUAACUCCACCGCACCCCAAUAUGUAGCCAGCUCUACCGCCCAAUACAUCACCGCUGUCAAUUCCACCACUCCAUCUAUCAACUUUCACCACCUCCCACCAAUCUCCGAAGUCCCAUCCACUCCUUCCCCCAUAGCACAAGCCUUCCUAAUCCCACGCCUCAACAACCUUAAUCUCCAUCAAGCUCUCAAAACUAUUUCCCAAACCUCCAAACUCAAAGCCUUUAUCAUUGAUUUCUUCUGUGAUGCUGCUUUCGAAGUGGCCACAAACCUUGACAUCCCCACUUACUAUUUCUACCCCUCUGGCGCAAGCGUUCUAUCUUUGUUUCUAUACAUACCCACUUUGCAUAAAAAAGUGGAAAAAAGCUUGAAAGAUCUCGGUGAUAUGCUUCUUGACAUUCCUGGCUUACCGCCUAUCCGAGCUUCAGACAUGCCAGGAAGUAUAUCAGAUCGUACUGCUGAAUGGUAUGAGUAUUUCUUAAACACGGCAGCCCAAAUGGCCAAAUCAAAUGGAAUUAUUGUAAACACGUUUGAUUUGCUCGAAACAAAAGUGGUCAAAGCAAUUUCGGAUGGAUUAUGUGUCCAAGAUGGACCAACUCCUCCAAUAUUUUGUAUUGGACCUUUGAUAUCAAGCAGCAGUCAAGAUGAAGAUGAGCAUGAGUGUUUGAAAUGGCUGAACUCCCAACCGAGUCGAAGUGUUGUGUUUCUGUGUUUUGGAAGCAUGGGAUUGUUUUCAGCGAAACAGUUGGAAGAAAUGGCUCUGGGAUUGGAGAAUAGUGGGCAAAGGUUUUUGUGGGUGGUAAGAAAUCCACCGCCAAAUAAUGAGGAAGAGCCAAACUUGGAUGAAUUAUUGCCAAAGGGUUUCUUGGAAAGGACCAAGGAUAGGGGGUUUGUAGUGAAACAAUGGGCUCCACAGGUGGAAGUGCUGAGUCAUGACUCGGUGGGUGGGUUCGUGACUCACUGUGGGUGGAACUCGGUGCUUGAAGCAAUUAGUGUUGGUAUGCCAAUGGUUGCGUGGCCUUUGUAUGCAGAGCAAAGGUUGAACAGGGUGUUUUUGGUGGAUGAAAUGAAGGUGGCAUUGGGUUUAAAGGAGAUGGAAGAUGGGUUUGUGAGUGCAGAAGAGUUGGAAAAGCGAGUGAGGGAGUUAAUUGAGUCCAAAGCUGGGAGAGAGGUGAGAGAGAGUGUUUUGGGCUUCAGAGAUGAAGCUAUGAUAGCCCAGAAAGAAGGUGGCUCCUCCCAUGUUGCAUUAGCCAAAUUGGCCCAGUUGUUGGAGCAAACCUGACAAUGGUGGCAGCAUUAUUGUGCAAGUUAAGUUUUGUUUUUUGUUUGUACCAUAUAAGAAAAGAAAGACAUGAGUUCACUCAUCAAUAUGUCUAACAUUUUCAUGUUUUUUUGCUGAAUUGAAGAAAGGGUUUACAAUUUCCUUUUUGGCUAAAUAAAGAGACAACUUACUAUUAUUACUAUUAGUUAGUGCAUGCUUAA